AUGGUGCUCCAGGCAAUCAAGUACUCCCGAGGUCAGCUCGAAAUCCUCGAUCAGCUGAAACUACCGCAUGCUGAAGAGUAUGAUCACAUUUACUCUAGCACUGACGCAUGGCACGCCAUUAAGGACAUGCGCACGCGGGGCGCACCAGCCAUCGCCAUUGUUGCUGCACUGUCCCUCGCAGUCGAACUGACCAACAUGAAGCUCCCUUCGGCUGCCGAAGAAGUCAAGGUCUUCAUCAUUGAAAAGUUGGACUAUCUGGUUACCAGCCGGCCAACGGCUGUCAACCUUGCAGAUGCUGCUGGCAAGUUGCAAAAGAUCACAGAAAAUGCCGCGGCAAAGGAGGGAGCAAAUGGACAGGCUGUGCGGGACGCGUAUGUGGCUGCUGCAGAGCAGAUGCUGGUCGAUGAUGUGAGCGACAAUGAGAGCAUCGGAAAGCACGGCGCAGACUGGAUCGUGAAGAACACCGAGGCUGGCAAGGCAGGCCCGGUCAGCAUGAUGACGCAUUGCAACACUGGAUCCCUCGCUACUGCCGGGUAUGGUACGGCGCUUGGUGUGAUCCGGUCACUGCAUGCCAACGGCUCACUGAAGCAUGCUUUUUGCUCGGAGACUCGCCCGUACAACCAAGGCUCUAGACUGACAGCAUUCGAGCUGGUUCACGACAAGAUACCGGCCACUCUCAUCACAGAUUCUAUGGCGGCGGCCCUGCUUCGGUUGCGGGGCAAGAGCGAGAACAUUGCCGGCAUAGUGGUUGGCGCAGACCGAGUAGCCGCAAAUGGCGACACAGCCAAUAAAAUCGGCACAUACUCACUCGCUAUCCUUGCUCGGCAUCAUGGGGUAAAGUUUCUUGUAGCCGCACCACGAACGACAAUCGACUUGAAGACCAAGUCCGGAGCAGACAUUGUCAUUGAAGAGCGGCCCGGAAAAGAAGUGACACUUGUUAAGGGACCAAGGCACGAUGGUGUCUCGCUUGAUCUAGGCGUCGUCGAGACGAUCAGCAUUGCAGCCAACGGUAUUGGGGUAUGGAACCCGGCCUUCGACGUCACUCCUGCAGAACUGAUUGAUGGAAUCAUCACCGAGGUUGGUGUGGUCGAGAAGGAUAGCAAUGGAGUAUUCCAUUUGGACAAGGUUUUCGAAGCUGAAAGUUCAGCAGCCAAGCCUUCAACUAUUGGUGGGCUGUAA